GUCCCAAUUCAGGGGAUGCAUUAUGGGUAGUAGUAGUAGCAGCUAGGCUAGUCCGUUUCUAUGGUAACGUGCAAUGUAAAGUUUCGUCGUCACUUUCUUUCUAUUAAAUAUCUCUGGUAACGUUUAAUAUUGCUGAUAUCGCAGUAAGAUACUCGAACCUUUUUUCCGUGACGGUUUGGGAGUGUGUUUAAAAUAGGACAUUAGGGUGACCAUAAACAAAUUGUGGUUUAACUGAGCACAAUUACUUCGUUUAGAUAUUAGGCUUUAGCUAACUUUUGGCUAGUUUAGCUAUAGCUAGCUAGUUAGCGAGCAUAAUUUCUGAAAAUGGUAGUAUUAUAAGGUUCACCUAACUGAACAAAUAUGGGAAAUAAGAUAUGAUGUUCUCGUAAUUUGGAGCUAUCCAGACACUAAUGACAUUUGCCAGUGUUUUUGUUAAACACUUCAAUUAAACAUUGACAUGGAUAAGACUAAGAUUUGCAGCAACCGGCGCAAUACUAUUAAGACAGAUCUCAGUUUGCUGCUGGAGUGUCUCAAGUUUCAGAUGAAAUGCCCCGAUUUACAGAAACAAGCCCUUCUCACUAUUCAUUCAAUCUGCGAAAAGAGAGAGGAUAAUGUGGACCUGCUAAGAGAAAUGGGAGGUGUGGCAUUUGUGUAUAACCUCUCCAAAUCCAGCAUUGUUCAUCCAGAUGUUAAGGAGACUGCUCUCUUUACACUUGGCACACUGGCAGAGGCCAACGUCUACUGCAAGAAUUCUCUGUGCAAAAAUGAGAUAUUUGCAGACCUUGCUGAUUGUCUAAUGAAUGAGGACAUCCCGCUGAAACAGAAGCGACUCUCUGUUUAUUUGCUGCUUGUGCUGGUAGCCAACAACAAAUUAGGACAGACUUUGGCUCAGAACAGUGGCUGCCUGGACGUUCUACUGAAUCUCUUCAGGGCCACUUUCCCCAUCUCCACAGAAGCCACUUUCCGAGCAGCUAAUGCUACUCAAACUUACCAGCUUUGGACGUCUGUGUCUAGUGCUCUUUGUGGAUGUGUAAACAACCCUCAGAAUGAGGAGGGUCAGCGUAUUUGUGUGGCAGCGUUUCCUGUGAUUAAAAUCUGGCUUCAGCAGCUUACUUUUCCACAGACUGAAAUUUUUCAGCCAAUAUGCACAUUCAUAGCAAUGACAGUGGCCAACAACUCCUGUGUUCAGGAGAGUUUUUCUGCCUGUGGGGGAUUAGAAACUCUCGCUCUUACCCUGGGUCGUCUAGCUUCUGCUGCAGAUACGAGCUUAUUGUCUUGCCAGCUUUCUGUCAUUAUAUCCAAGACUCUGUCAGCUUGCAUCACUGAUAACUCUUCUCUGGCUUCAGGUCUGGCGCAGUAUGGCGUGGUCUUACACCUUUUCUCUUUGCUGGCUUGUCCACACUUGGACCCAGAAGACAGGCUUCCUAUUUUACUAAGCCUUGGUUACUGCACUGAGGCCUCUGAAAAGCACCAGUCUCAGCUGAUAUGGUGUGGAGGGCUCCCCAUUAUCAUAACUUUACUCACAGAGGAUUCAAGUGAGGAGGUUAGGAGGGCUGCUACAUUCAUAUUGCAAACUUGCAAAAAGGCCACUAUGUGCUCAGGAGUGGGUGAUCCGAUAGCAAAACAGGCUGAAAAUGUGGAAGCCCCUAAACACAUUGAGGAGAUCAGGAGUUCAGCCAGAGAAAUGCUACACAGGAUUAACCUGCUAGAGAAGAGAAGGGAUGUCGAGGGUAAGCAGGAAGACACAGGUCUACCAAAUUCACAUGAGGGGCGAGACCAAAUAUCUCUACCAGCUUUAAAUCUGCCACUGCACAUACCACAAAAUGAGGGUGUUGAAACUGUCCCCAGAAACAUAACUGAGAGGGGGAAUAAUGGUGAAAACAAGGAAUUGACCUCUGGGUUAAGUUCUCACAAAGAAACCAGUGAAGGUGACGUCAGGUGUUCAAUGUGCAAAGGUACUGGAGCGCUCAUGUCUUCUCAUAUCCUGCCACUAGAGGGAGCCAGUAAGCAACUUGAGGCAAACAGUCAGUGGUUUAAGCCACUAUUUCCAGUGAGGUACACAAAACCAAGUGAGAUUAAGUGUAUUGAAGAGUUACAGCAUACUGAUAUGAAGAACGUGAUCAAAGCCCCAGUCCCUUAUAGUCGUUGUGCAGCCUGUGUGUUACCUUUUGAGGAAGUGACCAGUCACACUUUUGAGUCUCUCCAAAGCUCUUGCCACCAAAGCUGUGACAGGCACAAGGUUCUCAGAGAGGCCACCAAGCACUUCAGAAUGCAUCACUGCAGGCUCGUGUUUGAGAAGGAGCACCAGGAUCCCGCUGAGGCUGAGAGAUAUUCAACAGCAGAGCCACAACAAACCUGCAAAAACUGGACUGGACCUUCUGAAGGUGAAGGAAAGGUAAUUAACAAGAACACUCUGCCUGAACACCGAUGGAGAAAGCACAAUGGCGUCACAUUGGUUCCACUACAAAGAAGAGCUAAAAAGACAACAUUCGCCUCUCAUAACAGGACUGAUAUUGAGAUGGGAGGGAGGAGUGGUCACCAUAACAAUCUGCAGAAGAUUGGCUUGGAUCACAGUUCCACUAAAAGGAAGAGAAAGGACUUCAGCUGUGAGGAGGUGGGUUACCUGCUGUCUGGAGUAAAGACGUAUGGCUUCUCUUGGAACUUAAUCUUGUGGUCAUAUCCCUUCCAGCCUGGGCGCACCAAUGUUGACUUGGCCAAGAAGUACAGGCGACUAAUGAAACGUAAGGCCCAGGAUGCCAGCCGUGCAGAUUCUUAAUCCUUGUUCAACCUAGGAUUUGUUGAUCAGCUGACUGGAUUUACCUGUGAGGCCUUCAUUCUCACUUCAAAAAACAUUUCAAUAAUUUUUUUAUGAUCUCCAGCAGUAUAUAUUCCUUAUAUUAUACCUGGUGUACUAAUUUUAGUGAUUUGUGGUUUCAAUGCAAUAUUGUCUCAAACCUGUUUGAGUUAUGGUUUGAAAAUGAAAAUAUAGCUGUAGAUGUUAUUUAUUUGUGAUUAUUUGUUCAUGGUUUAUGUUCAUUUCUUUGAGAAUGAAUUGUGCCCGAAUUAAAUUGAUAUUAAAAGGUAGAUUUAAGCGAUGCAAAAGCACCUAUUGAAUAAUUACUAUAUUGUACCGCAUAACCGUCUAUCAGACUAACUGGCCUUUGAACAGUGUGUUCAGAUAGUCAGUAUAAGUAUAGUUUUCCACAUAUUUAUUUUUCUGUAUCUUAGCUGUUUUUAGUCCAGGUCAGAUUUACUGUAUGGCAGUUUGGAUAAAAUCUGGUCAUUAAAAUGACUCUUGUUAUAUCAUAUGCAUAUUAAAGAAAGUGGUGUCUGUUUCACCAGUUAUUAA